AUGAAGACCCUCUUCUCUUCUAUGAGAGUGGUGUUUUUACUCUUUAAUCUGUUGUUAUGCUUUAAUGGGGUCGCUGUUUUAGCUCAUACAGGUAUCGGCGAGCAGCCCCUGUCGAGGAUUGCGAUUGAACAAGCCUCUCUUGCUCUUAGGGAUUCGAUCUCCAUUAAAGCCUCCCCUUCUGUUCUUGGGCUCAACAUGACAGUGACUUGGACAAGUGGGUACAACAUAGACGAAGCUGUUCCUUUUGUCGAGUGGGGUUGUAAAGGUCACAAAAAGACACGAUCACCGGCAGGAACUCUCACAUUUAGCAGAAACAGCAUGUGUGGAUCACCUGCACGUACUGUUGGUUGGCGUGAUCCGGGUUUCAUUCAUACAAGUUUCCUUAAAGAUUUGUGGCCAAAUACCGAAUGCACUUACAAGAUUGGCCACAUAUUAUCCAAUGGCUCCAACGUUUGGAGUAAGAAAUACACGUUCAAAUCAUCCCCAUAUCCCGGACAAGAUUCAUUGCAGCGUAUCAUAAUAUUUGGAGACAUGGGGAAGGCUGAGCGUGAUGGUUCGAAUGAGUAUAGCAAUUAUCAGCCUGGCUCGUUAAACACAACCGACCAACUUAUCAAGGAUAUCAAGAAUAUCGACAUAGUUUUCCACAUAGGGGAUUUAACAUAUUCCAAUGGCUACAUUUCCCAAUGGGACCAAUUCACAGCUCAAGUCGAACCCAUAGCAUCUCGAGUGCCUUAUAUGAUCGCUAGUGGAAAUCACGAGCGUGAUUGGCCCGGGUCGGGUUCUUUUUACGACACACCAGAUUCUGGUGGAGAGUGUGGUGUUCCGGCCGAGACAAUGUUUUUUGUUCCUGCUGAGAACAGAGCAAAGUUUUGGUACUCGACAGAUUACGGCAUGUUUCGUUUCUGCAUAGCAGAUAGCGAGCACGACUGGAGAGAAGGGUCGGAGCAGUACGAGUUUAUCGAGCAUUGCCUAGCAUCUGUAGAUAGACAAAAACAACCCUGGUUGGUAUUUGCAGCCCAUCGAGUUCUUGGUUAUUCUUCGGACAAGUAUUAUGGAUUGGAAGGCUCGUUCGAGGAGCCCAUGGGAAGGGAGAGCCUGCAAAAACUCUGGCAGAAGUAUAAAGUGGACAUUGCAUUCUAUGGCCAUGUCCAUAAUUACGAAAGAAGCUGCCCGAUUUAUCAGAACAUAUGUGUCAACUCGGAAAAAUCUCGCUACUCGGGGACAGUGAACGGGACAAUACACGUGGUGGUGGGAGGAGGUGGGUCCCACUUGUCGGAGUUCAGCCCCGUCAGCGCCAGCUGGAGCCUCUACAGGGAUUACGACUGGGGUUUCGUGAAGCUCACGGCAUUCAACCAUUCGUAUCUUUCGUUCGAGUACAAAAAGAGUCGUGAUGGAAAAGUUUACGACUCUUUUACGGUCGCUAGGGACUACAGAGAUGUGUUGGCUUGUGUUCAUGAUGGCUGUGAAGCCACCACUUUAGCAACUUGA